ACGGAUUAUUCCGUCGCUCCGUGCCUGUAGGGUAGAUUGUUCUAUGAACAUAAUUAAAAAUCAAAAUAAAAACAAAUAUUCAUAAAAUGAGUUUAAAUUUGCGACAGUCUUUCAAAAAAUUAGCGUAUAAGUGUGUGCUAUAUUUAUUGUGAUUAACCUAAUAUACUAGGCAACAAAAUAUAAGGGUGAAAAUGUCUAGCUACUUGAAUGAAAAUGUCUACACGCACACGUUUACUCCAAAGGAGUACCAAGUUGAGUUAUUGGAUUCAGUAAAAAAGAAGAAUACUAUAGUUUGUUCUAGUACAAGUUCCUCCAAAGCAUUCAUCGUAGUGAAAUUGUUGCAAGAAUAUGCAUGGGGCAUGAGAAAAUCGAAAGGGAAGCGAGCGUUGUUCGUAUUAGAUCCUCAGAAUGUUCCAAUAAUGACCUCACAUGUAAAGUACUUGACAGACUUGGAUGUUAUAAGCUUAACCAAAACAGAUGAAACAGAACAUAUCAGCAAGUAUUUGGAGCGUUAUCAUGUGAUUAUGACCACAGGGGAAAUUUGUUGUGACCUACUGAAGCUGCAAGAAUUGCAAGACUUGACAAUAUUCAACUUAAUUGUUAUAGAUGACUGCUUGUAUGGGCAGCGCCAAAAAUAUGUAAAAAUGAUAAUAAGUAGGUAUAAAUUGCUGCCAGAAAGUUCACGGCCACGUAUUCUAGGUCUUACAUCAGGUCUAUUAAGCACAGAGUUACAGCCAGACAGGCUAGAAGCUGAGCUGAGGAGGCUGGAAAAACUCCUGAACUCACAUGUAGAUACAUCAUCUGAAAUAGUUACUCUAAUAAGAUUGUCCUGUAGACCACAAGAAAGUAUAAUCAAAUGCCCAAAGCACUCGCCAACAUCUUUACAUGAGGCACUGAAAGCAAUUGUUAACCAUUCUAUAGAAUUUUUGUUAGAGCAUAGAUACGACCCUAGUGAGAUAUAUGAUGAUGAUCUAUUAGAAGAAUUCAGACAAGUGCCAGAUCCAAAAGAAACUCCUUUGCAACUUCUGAAUGAAUUUUUGGAGAUACUUGAUGAUAUGGGUCCUUGGUGUGCGGAUAAAGCUGCAAUAAAUAUAUUAUCGAAAAUAGAAAAAUUGAAAGUUAAAGUUCCUUAUGAAAGACAUUAUCUUUUGCUCUGCAUGAUAUCUACAACUCUGGUGCAUGUAAGAGCUGUAUGUGAUGACACAUUUGAAGGUUUAGAAGAACUGGAGAAGCUGAGAAAGUAUUCAACACUUAAGGUGCUUGAAUUCCUAGACAUAUUGAAGCAAUUUAAACCACCAGGUGAGAAGCCUGAACCAAUAGUAGAGCAAGAAAAAUUGCCAGAUCCUGAAGCAUCACCAAAUAAAACCAAGCCCAAAGGUAGAAUGCCAAGGAGGAAUUUUGUUUCAAGGCCACAGACAGAUGAUAAUUUAUGUGCUCUAGUGUUUGCCCAUAACAGAUAUAAAGCCAAAACAAUAUUUGCAUUGCUUUGUAUGCUUUCUCAGCAAGACGAUGACUUCUGGUGGAUCUCAACAUUAUUCUCGGUGGAAAAAGUGGCGGAUCCCGUGAAGGAACCUCGCGAAGCUGAACACGAGCACAAAACUCAGGAAGAAGUGUUGCGUAAAUUUCGUAGUCACGAAUGUAACAUUCUAGUUGCCACGUCAAUACUUGAACAAGGCUGUGAUCUACCUAGAUGCAAUUUAGUUAUAAGGUUCGACUUACCAAAAACAUUCCAUAGUUACAUUCAAAGUAAAGCGCGAGCUCGCGCGAAUGAUGCUCACUACAUAAUUUUUGCUAAUGAGGAAGAAGUAGAUGAUUUUGUUGAUAGAUUGUCAGAGUAUAAUGAGGUAGAAAAUACAUUAUUGAGACGUUGUUAUAGUCUAGAACCUGAUAAGCAAGAAGAGAAAGUAGCGGAGCUGUAUUCCUCACUUUGUAAACCAUACCGGCCUUUGGAUGAAGAAGGGGCGCCGAGUAUAACGUUGUCGAACUCCAUAGCAUUACUGAACAGGUAUUGUGCCAAAUUGCCAAGUGACACCUUUACUCGCCUUACUCCAACCUGGCAUGAAGAACAACUCCAUAAUGGAGAAUAUAUCUGCCAUAUCAGGCUUCCAAUAAACUCUCCACUUAAGCAUACAGUCACAAGUCCUGCGAUGCCAAAUGGCUUACUCGCUAGGAGAGCUGCUGCAUUUAUGGUCUGUCAGUUGCUGCACAUAGCGUGCGAGCUCGACGAUUAUUUGCAACCAAUCAACAAAGAAAACUUUAGAGCUAGCGAAGAGGACUGGAAUAACUUCAGCCUGGAUGAACCUGAUGAAAAUUCUGAAAUUAGACCAGGUACAACAAAAAGAAGACAGUAUUAUUACAAGAGGGUAGCUGAUUGUUUAGUAGAUUGCCACCCUGUGGCAGGAAAACCUACGUACUUCUAUGAAGUUAUGAUGACCCUCACUUGUCCAUUACCUGAAGAGCAAAACACUAGAGGUAGAAAAAUAUAUCCUCCAGAGGAAUCUGUGCAAGGUUUUGGCGUAUUAACUUCCAAAGAGAUACCAAAGAUUAGUGCAUUCCCAAUUUUCACCAGAUCAGGUGAAGUCAGUGUAGGUUUGAAAUUGAUAUCGAAGAAACUUAUUUUAACCGAGGAUCAAAUUCAGAAAAUAAGGGAAUUUGUUAACUAUACUUUCACGAGUGUUCUAAGACUGCAGAAGUACUUGAUGCUUUUUGAUCCAGAUUCCUCAUCGAAUGACUAUCUGAUAGCUCCAACGUUGAAAACUGAAUCUGGAAUAAAAGUAGACUGGGAUUUCAUCCAAGUGAUAUAUGACAACCUAGCAACAGUUCCAGUGAUAGUGCCCGAUAGUGAUAGGAAAACGUAUGUGUUCAAAGAAGAAGACUAUAGUGAUGCCGUUGUGAUGCCCUGGUACCGUAACCAAGAUCAACCGCAGUAUUUUUAUGUAGCCGAAAUCUGUAACUACCUCAGUCCGACGUCAGCCUUUCCUGGAUCGGAGUAUGCCACUUUCCAAGAGUAUUAUGAAAGAAAAUAUGGCAUCGAGAUACAGAAUUUAUCUCAAAAACUUCUAGAUGUCGACCACACCUCCGCAAGACUGAAUUUCCUCACUCCAAGGUACGUGAACAGAAAGGGCGUGGCCCUGCCAACAAGCAGCGAAGAAACUAAAAGGGCUAAAAGGGAGAAUUUGGAGCAAAAACAAAUUCUAGUUCCUGAGCUGUGUGCUAUUCAUCCGUUUCCUGCGUCGCUGUGGAGAAAGGCUGUGGCACUACCGUGUGUUUUGUAUAGAAUUAAUGCGUUGCUUUUAGCUGAUCAAAUACGGAGAACAGUUGCUGUGGACUUGAAUUUGGGAAAAGUGCAAUUACCAGAAGAUUUCCAGUGGCCGUCACUGAAUUUCGGUUGGAGCCUCUCGGAUGUGUUGAGGAAGGCAAGAGAGGAAGAACAGAAAAAACAAGAAGAAAAGCGUAGAUUAGAACAAAGAAUCGAUGAAAAACUACAUGAAUUGAAGAUCACAGAAAUAAAACAAGACGAAGAGAUGGAAGACGCACUUGACUUACCAGACGCUAGUGAAGAUGAAAAUGUAGACAAGGAGCAACAUGGAGAAAACUGGGUGGAAAUAGGCACUUGGUGCAACGAAAUGGCAGGCAAUGCUGAACAUGGCAAUAAUGGAGCUUUGGUGCGAUAUGCUUCGCCCACUAGUUGGAUGAACUUGGAUAAUGGUUACGAUGACGAUUUCUCUGAUUCAGAUUGUGAUUUCUCUAGCGAAGAUUCAGAAUCUGAGUGGGGAGGACUCAGGAUAGAAUUCACCGGGGAUCAUCAAGCUGAAGCGUUGGAUGACGAUUCAGAUGAUGAUAAAGAGUUUUAUCUGUACGAUGAUGAGAAUGCUUGGAAGAUUGACGAUGACAACGAAGUUACCGAACAGUUGAAGAUCGAGUUUCACGAAGCUUGCAAGAAAAACAAACGACACAUACUGGCAAGUGGCACAAUAGUCAACGAUGCUAACUCUUUCAAGAAAAACAAUCAAAAGUGCAAUGGAAUAGGAGAUGAACCGGAGAUGAAACUACAAUCCUAUGACUUCUCGAAUCUUCACAUAGAUCCAGCGAAGUACAAGGAUGUCAUAACGAGUGUUCAGAAAACAUCAAAGUGGAAUGAAUACGAACCAUCUGAAGAAUUGAAAUUUAGCUUCGAUGAACAACCCGAUUUGACAGAACAUCCUGGCCCAAGUCCAAACGUCUUACUUCAAGCUUUGACGAUGUCAAACGCAAAUGACGGAAUCAAUCUUGAACGAUUAGAAACUAUCGGAGAUUCGUUUUUAAAAUAUGCAAUCACAAACUACCUCUAUGCGAAGUACGAAAAUGUCCACGAAGGAAAGCUCAGCCAUUUGAGGUCCAAGCAAGUCAGCAAUCUUAAUUUGUAUCGACUUGGAAGAAGAAAAGGCUUCGGUGAAUACAUGAUAGCCACAAAAUUUGAUCCUCACGACAACUGGCUCCCGCCAUGUUUCUACGUUCCUAAGCAAUUGGAGGAAGCCCUAAUAGACGCUCAGUUUCCAGCUAACUGCUGGACGCUGGCAGACAUGGCUGCUACGCGUAACAUGACCAUUGACGAAAUUUGCACUAUGGUGCGGAAACGAGCCGAAGGAUAUUCUUUGCCGAAUAUCAUUCCUUACAAUCUAGUCACCCAGCACAGUAUUCCUGACAAAAGUAUUGCUGAUUGCGUUGAAGCAGUGAUUGGUGCUUACUUGAUCGAAUGUGGGCCCAGGGGAGCCUUGCUCUUCAUGGCAUGGUUGGGAAUUAGGGUCCUACCAAGGUAUGAAGACGGAUCAUAUGGUGAGAUACCACUUCCAAAAUCACCACUACUCAGGCACGUUCCUAACCCUGAAGAGGAGUUGGAAAGGCUACUAGACGGAUAUGACGUUUUCGAACGUCACAUAGGCUACAAAUUCAAGGACAGAGCGUACCUGCUCCAAGCUCUCACUCAUGCUUCUUAUUCUCCAAACAAGCUUACCGACUGUUAUCAGAGGUUGGAGUUUUUGGGAGAUGCCGUACUUGACUAUCUGAUAACUAGACAUCUUUAUGAAGAUCCUAGGAUGCAUUCGCCAGGCGCUCUCACCGACUUGAGAUCAGCAUUGGUCAACAACACCAUUUUCGCAUCUUUGGCAGUACGAAACGGCUUCCACAAGUACUUCCGGCACCUAUCUCCUGGAUUGAACGAGGUUGUGGAGAGAUUCAUUAGACUCCAAGAAGAAAGCGGGCACUCUUUAGUCGACGAACUGUACUUGGUGGUAGAGACCGAAUGUGAAGAGGUAGAAGACGUGGAGGUCCCAAAAGCAUUGGGAGAUGUAUUCGAAUCUGUAGCAGGUGCUAUAUUCUUAGACUCAGGGAUGUCUUUGGACGCAGUUUGGAAGGUGUACUAUAAAAUGAUGAAAGCGGAAAUAGAGCAAUUUAGCAACAGAGUUCCAAAGUCUCCCAUCAGGGAGUUACUCGAGUUGGAACCUGAGACAGCGAAGUUUGGUAAGCCAGAGAAGCUGGCCGACGGCAGAAGAGUCAGAGUGACAGUUGAGGUGUUCGGUAAAGGAUUAUUCAAGGGCAUUGGUAGAAACUACCGAAUUGCCAAAUGCACUGCUGCCAAAUGUGCUCUAAAGCACCUGAAACGACGAGGUCUGAUCAGAAAAUUGGAUAACUGAUAUAGGUCGAGGAACUCAAAGAUUCUUAAAAAAAGAGAUUAGCCAAUUGUUUAUUCUUGAGAAGAGUCAUUUUCUAUUCAAGUAUUUUUGAAACGUGCAUUAAAACCUCCGAGUUUUACCUUCUAAAACUCUAUUUUGUUUUUGAGCUGGCAUGUUUUGUGACACAAUGUCUUUUUGUUUUUGAUUAUUUCGAUACCUGUUAAACAGGGUUAUCAACACGUUGUUUUUCGAUUCUAGCUGGGAUGCAUUUGUUUUUUUUAUAAUUAGCACUUCAGUAUCAUUCUGGAGGCUUUUUCUCUUAAUAAUUAUAUUUUUAGAUAACUAUGCUUUUUUAUUUUGAAUUGAAUAACCCUUGCUUUUGUUAUAUAAUAAUAUAACCUAGAGAAUGAUGCGACCCAACAUCUAAUACUCUACGCUUUUCCAUUUUUGCAAAGGAGGUGUGUAAAUAUCGUUUUUUCGCACAUCAGAUCCGUAAAAAUUAAAAGUCUCGAUUUGAGCAAAUUUAUUAUACUUAUAUUCAAGUAUCUUCAUUUGCAUGUACAAUAUAUCGACAACAAAUGAAGUAGCAAGUAACAAGUACCAAGAAAAAACCUUAAAAUUUGGCAAGUUUAUUGGGUUUUAUCCAUUUUGAUGAUUUUUUGAUCUUUUACGUCUUGUGUACCACAACAAGUGAGUACUAGUGUUUAAGUUUAUUUAUUUUAAUUUUAAAGAAAUGUAUAUUAUGCACAAAACGCUUGAUAAAAGAUAAAAAACGCCAAACAUUGUAUAAAUAAAAAAACGUGCCAAGUUUUAAAGAUUUUUCUUGAUACAUGGGCGAAAAAGUGCGAUCCUUUACCCACUGUUCUUUCUCAUUUUCUGGAAAUUAUUGAAACUUGGGAUUAGUUUUCAACAGUUAGAAAAUGAUACUCAUGAUUAAAUUUAAAAUCAAGCCUGUGAUGCUCUUAACAAAUUCCUUGGUACGUGAAAGAGGUAAUGAACUGUUUUCAUUUAGGAGGAGCAUUUCAAAUUUUUGAGAGCGACUCAUUCACAUACACAACAUGUGCUUGUUGAAUAAUGUUAGCUUGGUACUUUAUAGGGUGGCUUUAAAGUGGUGCAAUCUGAUUGUCCCCAUAAAAAAUGUGCCAUAGUUUUAGUGUAAGUGCAUAUUUUUAACUGCUGGUAAAAUAAUCGGGUGCGACAAGCGAUCUCUAAAUGUCUAGUCUUUGAAUAAUUCGUUUUAUUUGUAUUCAAAAAAUUUUAUUUUGCGAGUUAUCAUAUUGAACGUUCUACUAUGUGCUCGAUGUUUUUGUACAUGUACAUGGAUUGAUGAAAAUCGGCAAAAUAAAUGUAAUAUCUGAAACAUGUCGACAACCCCCAUGUUUGUCUGGCCAAUAAAAUCAUAUGUAUUGACGCAAUUUUUUAUUUACUGUAAACUUUUCAAUCAUAAAGGUGAUCUUCAGUUUCAUGACAAUUUUUAUUAUUUAUCUGUCUUCCAAGUGUCGGUUCGUUUGUUUGUUCUUUUCAUUAUGACAUUCCUAUACAGUGUGUUUCUACAAUAGUCUGGAAGUCCCGUAACAUGCUGAGACUUUCGAAAUAUUGUAGUAACACACUAUAUAGGAAUGUGAUAAUGAAAAGAAAAAAGGGAGACAAAUAAAAUAUAUCGUCAUUGUACUGAGAAAGACCUUUGUGAUUGAAAUGUGUAUAGGAAAGACGAUUUUGUUAAUACAUGUCCAAACAUGGGAGAUUACCGGCAAAAUAAUGCUAAAUGUAUUUCAAUAUAAGCAUUAUUUCGUUUUCUCACCUAGUCUUUCUCCGUUAUGCAGCUAUUAUGAUUCUGUAUCUGUAAAAACAGAUUUUUUAACAUUCUGACCGAUUUCAGUACAAGCCACCCUAUUUAUUCUAUAUUGUUUGUGAUUAAAUCAUUUCAGCUUACCAAAAAUGUGACACCUUGUGAUUAACAACAAUGCAAUUUGUUCUUUCUUUCAGUAAUAGUUUCAUAUGUUUUAAGUUAUCUGAAUACAAUUUUCAGAGUUUUAAUGAUAUGUGAUAUCAUUUUCAAGUGUUCAGAUCUAAUACAUGUUCGGAAUAUGGUUCCGAUGAGAUUUGUUCAAUUUGAAGAUGUUUUUUCAUUUUUUAUUUAGCAUAGUUUCUACUAAUAUACCAGUUUUGAAUGUGUUGUUUCUGUUUUUAUUAAUAAUGAAGCAUCAUUAUAUAAACCAUGUUCUGAACUGUGUAAGACUUCUAUUCAUAGUCUCGCACAAAUGUUGUUGUCUGUCGUAUGAACGUCAAUAAAUUACUUUUCGAAAUUA